GACACCGAAACAACGCCGUAAAUUAUCACCGAUCCUCAGUUUGUGUAUUUAAAUUUAAUUUAAAUUUCCAUCUCGUUAACCCGGAUGUGUCCUCCUUUCUUCUUCCGCCGACCCGAGAGACCAUUCAGCCAAGAUGGCGAGCGGAGGGGCGUCCGUGGCUUCGCUCUGGACCGAAGUGAACCGCUGCGGACAGAAUGGCGACUACACAAGAGCCCUGAAAGCUCUGACAAAAAUUUUGCACGAAAACAGAGACGAUGUGACGGCCCUCCACUGUAAAAUAGUUUGCCUUACACAGAACGGCAGCUUCAAAGAGGCACUGAAUGUCAUGAACACCCACUCGAAGGCGCUCGGCAGUGAGGUUGUGUUUGAGAAGGCGUACUGCGAGUACCGGCUGAACAGGGUGGAAAGUGCCCUGAAGACCAUUGAAGGUGCUCCUGAGCAAACGGACAAGCUGAAAGAGCUUUAUGGUCAAGUGUUAUACCGACUGGAGCGCUACGACGAGUGCAAGACGGUCUACACAGAUCUGAUCAGGAACUCUCAGGAUGAGUACGAGGAGGAGAGGAAGACCAACCUGGCUGCUGUGGUGGCUGCAAUGAGUCAGUGGGAGAAGGCCCCAUUGGAAGAUCUAGGUCUUCCCGAGUCGACAUACGAGCUUUGUUACAACACUGCCUGCGCUCUGAUUGGCCAAGGACAUCUGACGGAGGCCCUUAAUAAAUUACGACAAGCAGAAGAGCUUUGCAGAGUCUCGCUGGCGGAAGAUUCUGAUGUAACUGAAGAGGACAUCGAGUCGGAGCUGGCCGUCAUCCAUUCUCAGAUGGCGUACGUCAUGCAGCUGCAAGGUCGGACGGAUGAAGCGCUGCAGCUCUAUAACCAGGUCAUCAAGCUCAAGCCAUCAGAUGUGGGGCUGCUUGCUGUGACAGCCAACAAUAUCAUCACAAUAAACAAGGACCAAAACGUGUUUGACUCAAAGAAAAAGGUGAAACUCACAAACGCGGAAGGUGUUGAAUACAAGCUGGCGAGGAAGCAGCUGCGGGCCAUCGACUUCAACAAAGCUCUCCUGGCCAUGUACACAAAUCAGGCCGACCAGUGCAGGAAACUGUCAUCCAGUCUUCAGUCUCAGAACCCAGGUCACCCACGACCUGUCCUCAUCCAGGUUGCUCAGCUGUGCAGGGAGAAGCAGCACAGCAGGGCCAUAGAGCUGCUCCAGCAAUUCUCAGAUCAACAUCCAGAGAGUGCAUCUGGCAUCAAACUGACAAUGGCACAACUCUAUUUAGUACAAGGUCACGUAACAAAAGCCUGUGAUGUCUUGAGGUCCGUUGAAGAGUUCAAGCACAAGUCAGGGAUGGUUUCAGCUCUAGUAACAAUGUACUCCCACGAAGAAGACAUUGACAGCGCCAUUGAUGUUUUCAAACAAGCCAUUGAGCACUACCAGUCUGAACAGCCCGGAUCUGCCGCACACUUGGCUCUUGUACGAGAAGCUGCCAAUUUCAAACUGAAGUACGGACGGAAAAAAGAAGCCAUUAGCGAUCUGGAGCAGCUGUGGAAGCAAAACACCAAUGACAUCCACACGCUGGCACAACUCAUCUCGGCGUAUUCUCUGGUGGACACGGAUAAAGCCAAAUCCCUCAGCAAGCAUCUACCAUCCGCAGACACCAUGUCUUUCAACGUGGACGUGGACGAGCUGGAGAACUCGCAUGGAGCCACAUACGUCAGGAAAAAAGCUGCUAAAGUCACGGGAGAAAAUCUUCCGAAAGAGCAAGGCCAAGGCGAGAUCAAGAAGAAGAAGAAGAAAAAGAAAGGCAAAUUACCCAAGAACUAUGACCCCAAAGCAACCGCUGACCCCGAGAGGUGGCUGCCCAUGAGGGAGCGCUCCUACUACAGAGGCAAGAAGAAGGGAAAGAAGAAGGAGCAAAUAGGAAAAGGCACACAGGGAGCGACGGCAGGAGCUUCAGCCGAACUGGAUGCCAGUAAGACAGCCAGUAGCCCCCCUACCUCCCCCAGACCAGGGUCUUCGGCUGGCUCAUCCACGGCCCCCGGCAGCAACGUGGUCCCCCCGCGGCAGCAGAAACCCGCAGCCUCGGGGGCCACUCGCAAGAAGGCGCCACAGAAGAAGAAGAAGGGAGGGAAGGGAGGGUGGUAGUCAGGGGGCAGCAACAUGUGAGGCAGAGGGGCCACAGGGUACGCCGGCAUCUGUGUGGCUGAGAAAUCGCCAAGAAAUCAUAAACUCUUUUUCUUUUUUUUUAUGUUUCAAGGUUAAUUUCAGUUUUUAUGUGGCUAUUCGUUUAAACACGUGAAACCAAAAUCUUCCCUUUGCUCUAAAAUUUUUUAAAGGACAGUUCCACUAAAAUUCACCUUUUGUUGCUCUUCAAAAGCAGAUGUUUCCUUGACUGGUGGUGCUUUAUUUUGGUUUAAGUUAUGACUUUUGAGGUGAAAGUAAAAUGAACGAAAUAAAACAUUACCAAUACAGUCACUUAACUGUUUAUUUUUAAAGGACCACUGACAGGAAAGAUGCUUUUUCUGUGUUAUUACUUAGUGUUCGGAAAAUCAGAUUCAAGUCAAAUGUUUUGUCAAACUUUGGUUUCUGAGAGAGCAUGUUUUUUUUGGGGGGGGGUUUUUCCCCCCAAUCAUUUUGGCUUGGCAGAUGGUUCUGAGUCCUACAAUACCCAUGAGCCAUUGCCUCCAUUUCUAUGGAGAAAUCAUUCAGAGAUGCAAAUCAGGGCCGUAGGAAACUCAGAGUGCUUCUUUUCUGAUCUUCUCCUCUGCGGUUCUGGAAACUUCGCCGUCGGCAAGCUUCUCUUCCAAAUCCUGCGUCAGCCGCUGCAUCUCGUUCAGUUCCUCUGCCAGUGACGCUCUGUGCUGGUCGCUCUCCUCAAGCUGAUGCAUGGAGUUGGCCAGCUCCUCUGGAAGAGUCCGAAAUGAAGCCGGGCCGCCCAGCUGAGCGCUGAGAGCUCCCUCUGUCGGCUCUUCCCUCUUAAUGGCCACUGUUCUCUGAACUUCCACACCGUCCGUCGGGGUUUUCGGGACUUGGCGAACCAGCAGAGCGGUGAGCUUGGUGUUCUCAUCGAACGCCACAUUCAGCUCUUUCUGGAGAUCGCUCAGCCUGUAUUCCUUAAUCAUUAGGAGCCAAAUGGAUAUUGAAAAAUGCAUUUUUUUUUCAUAUUUUUAUAUCAAGAUCACAAACCUUUCUCAUCUUGAUAUUGUUAAAUCAGUAAUGUUAAAAGCACAGAUCAGUUGAAGGACCUUAGAACAUUUCAGGAAAACAUCUGCUUUUGCACUGUAACCUGAAGAUCGGUUUUAGGAGAACUGUCUUUAAUAUUUCGUGGGUCUGAUUUUUGGAUGUCAUGCUCUGGCUGUCGGCAUCACGUUUCUUUACAUUGUCCCUUUUACUUUCAAUAAGCUGACCAUCAACCACUGGGCAUUUUAUGCAAUGUUAAAGCAUAUUUAUUUUUGAAUCCCUGCGUUGGUCUAAAUUCAAGGGAAGGAGAAUUUGAAUUCUUGAGUUUAAUUCUGUCAGAUGCAUGUUUUAGAAAAAGAGGAAAGACUAUUUUGGCCAAACAGAUGUCCCAUUUUGUUAAGUCUUAAUAAAACUCUUGACAACAGCGACAAAAGACCCCUGUGUUACUUGUAAGAA